UCCGCUCCUCCCCCGGCCUGCGCGGCCUGGCCGCUACGCGAGCGCGGGGAUCGGUUGCGGCCUGCGGGCAGCGGCGGCCGCCAUGGCCGGGGAGGUGAAGACGAAGCUGUCCAAGAACCUGCUGCGCAUGAAGUUCAUGCAAAGAGGUUUGGAUUCACAAACUAAAAAACUACUAGAAGAGGAAGAAAAGAAGAUAAUUAGUGAAGAACACUGGUAUCUUGAUUUACCAGAUCUCAAGGAGAAAGAGAGCUUUAUAAUAGAAGAGAGGAGCUUUAUGCCAUGUGAGGAUCUACUUUAUGGCAGAAUGUCCUUCAAAGGCUUCAAUCCAGAAAUUGAGAAGUUAAUGAUCCAAAUGAACUCUAGGUGCAAGGAAGAAGAAAUUGAAGUGGAUGAUAAAAUGGAGGCUGAUGUGUCAGAUGAAGAAAUGGCCAGAAGAUAUGAAACAUUAGUGGGAACAAUAGGAAAGAAAUUCUUGAGAAAAAGAGACCAGCGUGUACUCCAGGAUGAAGAUGAAGAUGGGAAUAGUAACACAAGACCUAGCAAAAAAGCUAAGAAAAAGUUCUUAAAACCUCAGGAUUAAUGUCAGCCGCACAGCUGGAGCUAAUAUAAUUGUUAUCUACCAAACAGAGUACCAUGAACUGGAGUUUUUGCUGUUUCAUGUAAAGGAUAGAUUUGUAAAUCUGAGUCUGUUCUCAUUGAAAUUUUUACCAUCCACAUGACAAACAUUUUUCAAAGUGGAUGUGUAUAUAAUGGAUGUCAUACAUCCUUUCCUCUCUCAGCAGCUUUUAAUGUAUGGGGCACCAAUGCCAUCAGCCUUUUUAAAUGUUAUGCAUAAUUAGAUCAACUGUCACAUACAAUCAAGCGCAACAGUAUUUACAAUUUAUGGUAACAUCUGAAAGAACGUGUUUGGAGUAAAGAUGAGCUUUGGCCAAUCCAGUAAGGCAGUUCAGCUUUCACUGCUUUUUUAAUUACAAAAAUGAAAACCCUUAUGGUCUUCAAAUUGAAAAGAGUCAGCAGAAACAUGUAUCUUUUUUUUACUCUUCCAAAAUUAGAUGGGAAAAGAAGAGAGAGAUAAAAUCAAUUUUGUUGAAUUUUAUUUUUUAUAAAGCUUAUUUAAAAAUAACGUGGUUUGUAGUAAAACUUUUUUUUUAUAGAGCAAGCCAAAUAUUGGGCAACGUUUACAGUUUGACACUUGAGCAGAUUGUGAGUCUUAAUUUCUGGCUUCCAAAAGAAGUUUGCUAAUCUUGUCUUUUUCAGCAAAAAAAAAAAUAUCCAAUCUUAUAAUUAUCUAGGUCUUGUGAUAAAAGCAUAAUAACAGCUUCAGAAACAUAUUUGAAAGCUGAAUAAAAACUCAUUUUUUUUGUGGUUAA